UAACAGCAUGUCUUUUAACAUACCACCCCCAAAGUUUUCUUCGUCUCAAAUUCCCACGAAGAUCUCGGGAGGACUUUUAUUUCUAUGGCUUCCACCCUGGAUGCUGAUGCUACCGAUGACGAGUGCUUCAAUUACGUUAUCUCAGGCGACAGUCUACGAUGUAGAUCUGAGCAGCCUCAGAAAGAAUUUACCAUUGCCCUUGGCAGCAUAAUUUGUAUCAUACCCAAGGAAAAGUACGAAGGAACCGUGUAUAUUCUGCUAUUCCUUCAAGUUGAUGGAAAUGAGGAUUUUGAUCCCAGGAGCCCCUGCACGUUGCUCGGCAGUGUUCAGCUAGCUACGGUACCCUCGUCCUUGUCACAUUACUUGUGGACACACAUGCCCCAUCAUCUUUGUGCUCCCGGCUCCGAAGCAAGGAGCAUAGAUAUUGUUAUAUCAACUGUAUCCGGAACAGGAACAGGACAGAGCUUUUAUAGCAAUAUCCUACAGCCACUUCUGUCACAUAUCGGUGUCACAGGAUAUGAGCUUCACGAGACCAAAUCAACGCAAACAAUCACGGAACUAUGUCAUGCAAGGUUCAUCCCGCGUGCCGGGGAAAAGCUUCCACAGACAAUCAUUCUCUUGUCGGGUGACGGGGGCUUAACUGACAUCAUAGAUGCCUUCCACAGUACUGUUAAAACAACUAUAAUUCCUCCAACCAUUGCUCUCAUUCCAACAGGAACAGGAAAUGCUAUGGCAAAUUCCUUAGGGUCGCUAGCGUACCCAGCAAAGGGGUUGGUGGCUUUAUUGCAAGGUGUCUCAGCAGAUAUACCUACUUUUGCGGCAAACUUCUCCCCAGGCGCAAGAUACAUCACAGAUGAAGGCCGUGGAAGAGCAUCCAUUGCACACAUCUUAGGAGCUGAAGGCCACCACAAGAUCUACGGUGGUGUUGUUGCGAGCUGGGGUGUGCAUGCUGCAUUGGUUGCCGACAGUGAUACCAUCGAAUAUCGCAAAUUUGGGGCCGAUAGAUUCAAGCUAGCCGCAAAGGAAAUACUUUUCCCUUCAAACGGCGCUGAAACCCACAAAUUUCUGGGGGCCGUCACUCUCUUCAAAUGGGACAAUCAAGCCAAGAACAGACGUGAGGAGAUCCUGGGGCGCAAGGAGCACAUGUAUGUCCUGGCAACCCUUGUAUCAAGCCUUGAGAAGGACUUCAUGAUCUCCCCUCUAUCUAAGCCUUUGGAUGGGGGGCUGUGGAUAAUUCACUUUGGACCAAUGUCGCCAACAAGAGUACUGGAAGUUAUGAGUUCUGCGUAUAAAGGGGGACAACACGUGAAGGACGAAAGCGUGUUUUACGACCAGAUUGAAGGCUUUCGAAUUGAGUUCUGUGAGGAGGAAGAGAGAUGGAGGCGAGUUUGUAUCGACGGCAAGAUUAUCGCUGUCGAAGCUGGGGGUUGGAUGGAGGUACAUAAAGAGCCCAAGAGCUUACUGAAGAUUCUGCUGCUGGGGAAUUCUCCAUGCGCCAACAGCAGCUGAAAGUGGAACCAUGCAGCUCAUCCAACUCGUCGUCCAAACAAUAAUGGUGUCUUACUUAGCUACCUAAAGUCAUUAUCUAUUAGAGACCUUCUGCAACGGUCAUUUAUCAUUAACAUUUCAAUUCAAAAU